UUAUAUCAAGGGGUUUAUCAGUAAUUGUUAGUGCUAUCUAUUUUAUAAGCAUUCUUUGUAUGUUGUGACGAGAUUAAGUAUGGCUGCAGUAUUUCAAAGAGCACAUAGUUGUUUUCACUCUGCCUCACAUUACUGAUACUACUCAAUAGAUAAGCAAUGGCAUUAUAUCAGCACCUAGAGCCUCUUAGCAAGCACAGUGAAGUCAACUAAUGGUGCUGCUUUUUUCUUUUCUUUUAUGCUCCAGGAAAGAUUAAGAAACUUCAAGGAACUUCGAGCCAAAUUUCAAAAUCUUGAUGCAUCGUCUCUUUCAGGACCUAUUAAAUUUCCAGCAGAUGUUUCUCAAAAGGGAGACUUUGGAAGUAGACAGUCCACAAAGACUUUGGCCAGUGGGAAACCUCCCUCAUCCAGCCACAAUCAGCACUCACUCAACUGUGCCGAUGGUGAUCCCCAGCCUCUUAAACCCCAGGAAAUGAAGGUGACUCAGAAGAGUGAGACUCAGAAAUGUUCUAAUUACCUGGAACCUCCAAGUUUUUCUGGUUCUGCAGUAAGUUCACAGAAGGCUUCUCCGCAGUUAGAUGUGUAUCUGUCAAAUGGUGAGAUAGCCAGUAAGAAGAAAGUCAUGGUGAAUGAUAGCUUCAGAAACAAGCUCUGGAGCUGGGAGGUUUUAUCUCAGAAAAGUGAGACACCAUCCGUCUUUCUCCCUGCCAGUUGUGGAAGCAGGGCCUUCCAUCUAAACAAGCAGAAAAGUAUCAAGCUGACUCCAGAGGAGCCCAGGGAAAAGAUGGAAAUAAAAGAAGCCCAGUCUCUACCUUCCCACAGGCACCUGAUGGCCCAAAGAAGAUUGUGUGCCAUCUCUGAAGAUCCCACCGUUCGACUUUCUCAAUGUAGCAGGGAGAGUGGAACAAACUCCAGUCCUGAGAGGAGCCUGACAGGGAGUAUCUGUCACCCUGUCUAUGACAAUGAGCUCACCAGCCAGACCCCAGAGGAACAGCCAGAUGUCAGGCAUCCACAGCUCCCCAAUAUCAAGCCACUGCCUUCCGUCGAGUCCCUGGGUCCUCCUCCCCCAAAGCCGCCAAGGCCCCCAGUCAUGACCCUCCAGGCCUUCCAGAGGCAGGCAGCUGCUCUUUCCAAGCCCGAUGGGGAAGAAGCUGCAGAAGAAGCCUCCCUGCCUCCAGCGAGUGCUGAAUUUGAAGACCCACAUAAUUAUGAGGCAACAAUUUCCUAUCUGAGACACUCCAGCAGCUCCAUUAACCUGUGCUCCGCAAAAAAAAUUGCCGAUUCAACUUAUGAAGUCAGAAUUGAAGAACUCCAAAAGGCUUCGAAGAGUUUUUGCCAUCAAGAACUUAGACCCGAAGAUGAAGACAAACAAAUGAAGGAAAAACAACCAUACCAAUUGAAACUUCAAAACACAGAAGAUCUACACUUAGACCAUCUUUUCAAGGUGGAUAUCUAUGAAGAGAUACCUGGGAAAACCCAGAUGGCAGAAGACCACAGAGGUGGGAGAACCAUGCCGGCCAGAAAGCAGGAUGCUGCGAUGGACAUCAUCCGGGUGGAGGCUUGCCCUAAGGACUUCCAGCUGGCCGGGCAUUCCGUAGACUACUGUGGUUAUGUGAAGGCCUUGGAGAUGAAUAAAGAAACCCAAGGCCAAGGAGCCGUUAAGCCAAAUUCCACUUCAGAGAACUAUGAUGAUGUUGAGUGCUCUGGGAGUAGGAGUUCAGAUGGAAAAGCAUCACUUAAAAGACUGCAGAGGUUCUUCAAGAAAGAAAAACAUAGACUUAAAGUGAAGAAAAUCAAUUUAAGAGAAAAUAUAAGGGCAUUUUCCCUUUCGCUGCCUGAUUUAGACUUUAGGUCUCAGGAAGUUAUUAUCUACGAUGAUGUGGCCAUAAACGGAAAACAGCCAGAUGAUGAAGAUAAAGGAAAAUCUUGGAAGCCCAAGUUUUUGGCAUUGAAAGAAAAAAAGAAAAAAGGUGCUAAAGAAUCAGAAAGGAGUUUCUUCAAAACCAAGAAGCAAAAUUUAGAAAAGGACAGGAUGAAAAGGGAAGAAAGACUUUUUAGAGAAAGAUUCAAGUAUGACAAAGAGAUUACUGUCAUCAACACAGCAGUGGUGUGUUCCAAUAAUUCAAGAAAUGGAAUAUCUGACUUGCCAAUAACCCCUGGAGAAGAACUGGAAGUCAUCGAUAUCUCUGAAGAAAAUCUAGUGAUAUGCCGCAAUUCUGAAGGCAAAUAUGGACAUGUGCUAAUUGAACAUCUAGAUUUCAAGAAACAAGUUUGGUCACCUUAGAGAGAUCAAGAUCAAGUGGUAUGGUCUGCUCAAGUGUGAACUAGUUCUAAGGUCUCAGCCCUGCUUUACAUUAGUUUAUGUUGCCAGCAUGAGAUGGUGGAAUCUGUGGAAAUUUUCGUUAACAACUUAGAAAAGAAAAAUCCUCCAUAUUUAGAUGUUGGUUUUACUACUAAACAGUUAUCUUUCAAUGUCUAUUUCAGUAUGUAUUUCACUACUGGCUCAAAAUGUGAAACAGUGUGUGUUGGCAUUUGAGCACUUGUUUAAUGAGCCAUGUCCAAAGUUAGAAAUCAUGCCUUAUGGCACCUAGUCAGUUGUGCAGAUGGUUAGUUUGCUUCUAAUAUUAGUACACGAGUGUUUAUAAUUUCAAGAUGAUGUUGUGCAUUUAAAUUGGGUGUAAU